AUGUUCACAUUCAUACCCAUUACACACCCUACGUCGGAUACGAAGCAUCCUUUGCUGUUGCUCCAGUCUGCACAUGGUGAGAAGUACUUCUUUGGUAAGAUUGGCGAAGGAUCCCAAAGAAGUUUGACGGAAAGGAAGAUUAGAAUAUCAAAAUUGAAGGAUAUUUUUCUUACUGGUGAAUUAAACUGGUCGGAUAUUGGUGGAUUACCUGGAAUGAUUUUGACCAUUGCAGAUCAAGGAAAAAGUAAUCUCGUAUUACACUAUGGAAAUGACAUUCUGAAUUAUAUAGUUUCCACUUGGAGGUACUUCGUCUUUAGAUUCGGUAUUGAUUUGAAUAAUCACAUUAUGGAAGACAAGGAAGUGUACAAAGAUAAGGCAAUAACUGUUAAAUCUUUCAACGUUCUGAAAAAUAGCGUAAAUAAUGAAACUGAAGUUUUUAACAGCUUUCAAAAAGGUGUGUUAGGUUCUAUAGUUUCGAAAAUGUUCCCCAAGCAUGCACCCACUGAUAGAUAUGAUCCUUCCAGUGAUCCACAUUUGAACGUAGAGUUGCCUAACUUGGAAGCGAAAGUGGAAGUUUCUACCAAUUACGAGAUUGCCUUCAAUCCAGUGAGAGGUAAGUUCAAACUUGAAGAAGCUGUCAAAUUGGGUGUUCCGAAGGGACCCUUAUUUGCAAAGUUAACCAAAGGUCAAAAAGUCACCUUGGAUAACGGUACUGUUGUUACUCCUGAACAGGUGUUAGAGAAGGAACGUCAUUUUGCCAAAGUAUUGAUCUUGGAUAUUCCAGAUGACUCAUAUUUAAAUGCCUUCAUGGAAAGCUUCAAAGAUUAUGAUUGUGCUGAACUUGGUAUGGUAUACUAUUUUCUUGGUGACGAUGUUACAAUUAAUGACGAUUUAUUCAGGUUCAUUGACAUAUUUGAUAGAAACGAUUACGGAAAAGUUAAACAUAUGGUAUCUCACAAUAAAAUCUCUCCAAAUACAGUAUCAUUUUUCGGUUCUGCAUUGACUACAUUAAAGUUGAAGGCAUUACAAGUCAAUAAUUACAAUUUACCAAGAACAGAUCGUGUGUUUUCCAAGGACUUUUAUGAUAGGUUCGACAAACCGCUUGGCAAGGGAACGUCGGUGUCUGAGUCACAGGAGAGACCAUUGAACACAGUAAUAGAAAAGGAUGAUAUCCACAUUUUUGCACAGAAUAAGAAGGUAAUCUUCGAACCGUUUCAUAGAAAUGAAGAGCCGAUGAAAUGCGAAAUAACCGGUGACGUGCCAGCUUUUUCGUGGCAAAAAAUCUUUGAAGAGCACGUUAAACCCCUGGAAUUCCCUUUAGCUAACGUCGAUACAGUUAUCAACGAUCAGCUGCAUGUGAACAAUUUCAACAAUACAGCAGAAAAGAGAAGACAUGUCGAAAUCAUUUCAUUAGGAACUGGUAGCGCAUUACCUUCAAAAUAUAGAAAUGUUGUCUCCACAUUAGUUAAGAUUCCUUAUGCUCAUGCCGACGGCAAUAUAAUAAAUAGAAACAUUAUGCUGGAUGCUGGUGAGAAUACUUUGGGAACCAUUCACAGAAUGUUUUCACAAUUAGCAGUGAAGUCAAUAUUUCAGGAUUUGAAGAUGAUAUAUUUGAGUCACUUACACGCAGAUCAUCACUUGGGGAUAAUCAGUCUGUUAAAUGAAUGGUACAAAUAUAACAAGGAUGAUGAAAUGAGUUACAUAUAUGUGGUUACUCCAUGGCAGUACAAUAAAUUUGUUCAUGAAUGGUUAGCUCUAGAAAACAAAGGAAUCUUGAAGAAAAUCAAAUACAUAAGUUGUGAACAUUUCAUUGAUGAUUCGUUUGUGAGGAUGCAGACUCAGUCUGUUCCUUUGGCGGAGUUUGACGAAAUAUUAAAAGAAAAUAGCAACCACGAAGUGAGAAGAAAACUGGACCUGGACAGAGAUUCUUCGUAUAGAGACGUCGACCAGAUUAGGAAAAUGUAUGAUGAUUUAUCGAUUGAGUAUUUUCAGACGUGCAGAGCAAUACAUUGUGAUUGGGCAUAUUCGAACUCCAUUACCUUUCGAAUGGAUGAAAACAAUGAGCAAAAUACAUUCAAGGUUUCAUAUUCAGGUGAUACAAGGCCUAAUAUUGAGAAGUUUUCUCUUGGAGUAGGUUAUAAUUCUGAUUUGUUGAUUCACGAAGCUACGCUAGAAAAUCAACUAAUAGAUGAUGCCAUAAAGAAAAAACAUUGUACUAUCAAUGAGGCGAUUGAUGUUUCAAAUGAAAUGAAUGCUAGAAAGUUGAUCUUAACACAUUUUUCUCAAAGAUAUCCUAAGUUGCCUCAAUUAGACAAUAAUAUUGACGUGAAGGCAAAAGAAUUCUGCUUUGCUUUCGACAGUAUGAUCGUUGAUUAUGAGAGAAUUGGUGAACAACAGCAUAUAUUUCCAUUACUAAAUAAAGCAUUCAUGGAAGAAAAAAAACAAGAAGAGGAUUUCGAAGAUGUAGAAAGCAUUCAUGAUCCAGAAAUCAAGCUAAAAAAACAAAAGAAAAAUUAG